AUGUCUUUAUCUGAACAUGCUCACAAAGCUUUGAAUCUUGUUGGUGACAAGAUUCAAUGGAUCAUCAAGAAAUACGAGAAGCUCCCAAUGGGAGACUCGGGUGCAAGGACUUUGGCACAUGAGAUUGCUGUUACUUUGUCAAGUGCCUUUGCCCAGCACAGGCAUGCCACAAUCUCAGUGCUACCCAUGCUCUUGUCCUGCGCUGCAGAACUCUGGGAUAAGAGCGCACCAAAUGGAAAACUCAAGGGUUUGCCGGACUGGUCUACAAUAUUGGAUGACAACACUUGCAUCUGCAGCCACCUGCUUUUUGGUAAGACAAUCAGAUACAGGCGUCCAGACCCUCCAGUGUCACCUCCUCUGGUCACUGCACCUCUUCCUACCCCUCCUACACCUGCCAUUGCACCAGCAGCCCUGGCCAGCAACUCGACUCAUGCAGCAGUGGCAUCAACCCUUUUUCCCAUUCCUGCUCCUCCACCUCCGGAACCGACUGCCAAAUGGUUCAACUUGGUUGUUCCGGGAAAUAAACACAAGGCACUGACAUCUGAGCUGGAAGAUGAUGUUGAAGAGCCUAUGCCAAGACUGGCCAAAUGGCCAAUGUCCAAAUCCUGGCAUGAGAGGGUAAAGUUGAAAAGGAUCAUCAGCGAUGAUGAGGAUGAUGAAGUGCUUCCAAUGGAAGUAAUAUUUAUGAAGAACAAAAAUCAAACAGUGAACAACGCCAGCCCUAUGGUUGUGCCACCAGUAGCCGCAAAGCCUGGAGUUGGAACUUCGAAGAUGACCAUAUCUUCGGAGCACCUCUUCAGUGACAAAUGUGAAGUCUGGAAGUGCUGCCGCACUUGUGACGAGAAGAAGACAAAGUGCAUCCAGCUGGAUUCUGAUGUGGCCGAACUUCUGCACGGGCAUAUCACAUUGAAGAAAGUGAAGGCUGCCACUGCCUCUGAAAAAGACAUCAAGACUUGCUGUGGACUGGAAAGCAAAUGGUUCAUUGGCCCACCUGGUGAGCAUGCAAUACAUGCAACCUUGCGUGCACGUCAAGCAUCCCCUGUUCCACGCAUGGCCUCAAACACCGAGGAUUCUGCCAAUGAAGAUGCAGAGGGUGACAAUGACCCACAAUCUGAUGUGCUGAAGGCAACUGCAGCACCCAUAGAUGUUGUGCCAGAGGUUGUUGCACCAGCAGCCCCCAUCAACAAUGAUGUCAACAUGUCUUUGGCUCCUGGCAAUGAUGCACUAAUGGGCAUCACAGUACCCGAUGCUCUGCAGGUUCCACACCCCACCCUAUUUGAUGCUAUCUGGACAAUUGAGGCCCUCGGGACCAGGUUUGAAGGCAUGGUCACAUGCUCAAAUGAUCGCACAGAGGCCUUGCAUGAGGAUAUGGUGGGUUGGAUGAGCACCUUGGAUGAGGAGUGGAACAGGCGGUUUGCCACCAUGGAAGCCAAAAUCUGGGAUGUCAAAUUGAAGAAUUCAGGCAACAUGGCAUCCAUUGGACACAUGGCCAAUGCCAUGAGCAUGUUUCAUCAGACCAGAAUGCCAAGCUCUUUCGACCCUCCCACUGGCCCAUUGAUGCAAGGUUACCUGUUCGGCCAAAUCCCCAGCUCUUGGUUCCCAAACGCUCCAGAGCUUGCAGUGUAG